AUGUCCAACGAACCAACGUUCGAGGAGUAUGUGGACCGCAUACACUACUCGGAAAAGUAUUCAGAUGAUAACUGGGAAUAUCGCCAUGUGAUAUUACCGAAGCCGUUUCUUAAGCGCAUUCCCAAGAGCUAUUUUGAUCCUGAGGAGCCUGGUGUGCUUCGAAUUUUGUCAGAUGCGGAGUGGCGAGGAAUUGGCAUCACACAAAGUCUCGGCUGGGAACAUUAUGAGGUUCACGCCCCUGAGCCGCACAUUCUGCUAUUCCGACGUGAGAAAGAUUAUCAAGCAAAAUACGGUCCGCAAGGCAAGCCCUCUGAUGCGGCCAAAAUCAAAAAUGAGGCAUCGCAAGCCCAUAUCAUGCACCAUGGUAACCCAUAA